CUUCACUGCAAAGAGAGUGCGCCACGCACGUGACGAGCGCGUCCACCCGCGCACAAAGAAUGCGUUUGUAUCAGAUCAGCGCACACUCUUAAAUAAUAAGACAUGCAAAUAAGAGCGCAAAGUCCGCUGCAGUGUGUUGAUGGCGGUGCGCGCGAUCAGUGCGCGUAACCGCUCCGCGCCGGUUGGGCUGGAGCGGUGAUUGUGGAGUAGACCCGAGAGUUUUGGUAAACCCGCAUCGUGGAUGAGGAACGCACGUGAGAAGGGCCUGCUACACGACUCUCCCAUCGGACUAUGCCUUACCCACCUCUGGAGGAGAGCAACAGGGAGAGCAUAGGACGGGACAGCUCAAGGCGACGACAGGGAGAGGGGAGCAAGCGGGCGUCUCGUGUGCGCUCCGGAGAUGGAGAUGACAAACCGCAGCCUACACGGCGACUCCAAAGUCGACUGCGUGAGCUGCGAUGGCCUGAUCAGCCGAAACUGUGGGGACUCCGCAGACGUGUCGGUGCCACUGACACUCCCCGGGAAACGGACAACUCACAUGGAGGGAGACGACCUUUACAGACUUCGAGACAGAAAAUUAUUACUGGAGGAUAAAAAGCGUCUGUGCGCGUGGGCUCUGGGCACCGCUCUCUUCGGGAUACUGCUCAUGAUAAUCCACGCAGAAAUAUGUCCCUAUGUUUACACUCCGGGCUCAAACAUUGCAUUGAUCAUCAACUGCUCCAUCAGCCUGUCAACUGGGUGUCUUCUGAUCCUCAUUACAGCUUUCCAUUAUAAGGACAUCCAGCUGUUCAUCAUUGACCACAACCAGGUGGACUGGCGUAUCGCCAUGACCAGCCACAGGAUUAUUGUCAUCACCCUGGAGCUGUUAGUUUGUGUUAUCCAUCCUGUUGGAUCAUACUGGGGGGUGGGCCUCCAUGUGAACUCCUCUUCCACCGUUCCCACUCCAUCUCCACUCUGUGUUUCCAGCCACCACGGCGAGGCCCUGAUGGACAUGGAGCUGCUGUUAUCAGUGCUGAUGUUCCUCCGCUUGUACUUGGUGCACAGAGCCAUCUUGCUGCACAGCAAAGUGCUGCUGAGUGCCUCCUACAGGAGCAUAGGCUCACUCAACAAUAUCAACUUCACCUUUCGAUUUGUUCUCAAGGUACUGAUGAACAAACACCCGGCACGCAUGCUGCUAGUCUUCAUCCUGUUCUUCUGGCUCACUGUGUCCUGGAUGCUUACACUGUGUGAGAGGCAGACCAAAGAAUCAACAGGCCAUAUGGAUACAGCGCUGUGGCUCAUAGCCAUCACCUUCCUCACAGUUGGCUAUGGGGACGUGGCACCCAAAACCAACUGUGGCAAGGCCGUGUGUCUCUUCACUGGAGUCAUGCUGAAAAGUGGAAAACAGGGUGUUGCCUGCACCGCCAUGCUGGUUGCAAUUGUUACAGAGAAGCUGGCGCUGAACAAAGGAGAGAAACAUGUGCACUUCUUCAUGAUGGAUAUCCAGAUUUCUAAAAGGAUCCGCCAUGCCGCUGCUAAUGUGCUAAGAGAAUGCUGGCUUCUUCAUCGUGCAAACGUGACAAAGGGCAACCGCGGUGAGCACAGAAAACACCAGAGAUGCCUUCUGGAAGCCAUCAGAGUAUUUCGGCAUUUACGCCUUAAACAAAGAAAACUAAGAGAUUACGUCAGUGAGAUGGUGGAUCUCCCAAAGAUGCAGAUGAUUAUGUGCGACCUCAGUGCCAACUGGAAUAACUCCUAUCGGGAGCUGGAGCAGCGAAUCCUCUCCAUGGAGCAGAAGCUGGACGAGCUGAGUCGCUGCUUCCAACAAACGUCUGAUCUGCUGUCUCAGGCUGUACGCCACCGCAACCCAGAGAUCAGGUGACACGACUACACACAGUUGUUAAAAACAGUCCGUAGUGUUUUCAUCUGAAGUAUCCAUGAAUCCUCUCCAACCAGAGCUGCUUUAGACUCUUAACAUGCUGAACCACUUGGAGGACUGGCAUACUCACUAAAGAUCAUCUUUUGGCCCCAUUCUGAGUGCACUGCACAGUGACUCACUGCUGUUAAAUUAUACAGAUAAAAUAAGACCUAAAUUCACUGCUGGGAAAUCCGAGUGCAUUUUCAGGAAAUUUGCUGGAUUUUCAAGCAAAGGGAUUUGUGACGGAGCCCAAGAACUGACCUGAUCUCAGUCAAGGACUGUGGAGGAUCCUUUAAUCUGCAAUAACAACAGAUCUGUAAACUGCUAUUUGCAAGAUAUUAUUGAUGCUGUACAUUCCUAGCUUAUUCCUGUGGAAUAAGCCAUUUUGCAUGUUUUAAUUUUUGCAGUACUUCAGUGUUAAUCCAACCAUUUUUCCUUCAUCAGAGACAUACAAUGCCUCAAUAAUUCAUCACUGUUGUGCUCUCCUGUAGCCCUUUAAGUAAAGGUUGAAUGAAAAUGUGUUUAACGGUAAAUGGACUUUGGUGAGAGAAAAGAAUGAAGUGAAUAUCAAAUUAAGCUUGAUGAAAAGAGUUUUAUUGCAAACUGUAAGUCGAAGGGAUCCCAUGGCUAUUAACUGAAACUUGCAGACUUGCGUCGGCAACAGUUUGACGGAAGGAAAACAUCCAACACGUUACACCUGUUGAGAAUGAAGAAACUUCAGUGGCCUUAUAAGCUCAUCUUUUAGCAAUCCAACUGCUCCAUCUAGUGGUCACAUGAUUAAACAACAAAAUGUUUGGGACUGCUAAUAUUAAAUCACAUAACAAUAAUCAUAAUAAUAAAAAAAAAUACACGAUUUUCUUCUUGAUAAUUUCUUCAGUGUCUCAAAGGAGCAUAACAUUUUCAGCUGUACUAAAACAGAAAACAAGAUUAAUCAAACCGCCGUACAAAUGUCACUAAUAAGAAAGCACUUUGUGAGAACAGCUGCAAAACUGGACCAACUCUAUCUCUCGCGCUCUCUCUGGAGGAUUAACUGGAGUUUUGUUUAAACUUAAUCCAGUGCUGGAAAAAAAACUCCUUGUUGGCUACCUUCAUUUUUUUUUUUUUUUUUUAAAUUUUAUUUUUUAACUCCAGUAGUUAGUGUAGCAGCAGAGAAAUGUAUGUGAACCUAAAUAUGUAACAUUUGCACAUGGUAAAAACAUGUUAAUAACCAUCUAAGACAUGCUUACAAUUCAAAGUCAUUUAGAAUGGGUGCGUUUAUGUUUGCUUUAUGCUUUAUUUCUGUCACUGGGGGACACAUGAAUUAAACAGAAUGGUGACAAGCAGGUGUCAUGUGUGGAAUAUCUAUUUUGAUUUGUUGCUUGGAGAAAUAAAAGCUGAUCUGUUCGUA